AUGAAUUUUGAAAUCGCCAAUACAACAGUUUUACUAUGGGAUAUGUUCUACUUGGGUAAUCCUCAUCGACAUAUGUACAAGGAUAUCAAACACUUACCACAUAUAUACGCACAGGCUUGGCCAUACUUCUUGACUUUAUUGGUGUUAGAAAAUGGAUUGCGGCUAUGGCAAAGAAAAGAAAUACUUAGGCUCAAUGACAGCAUUACCUCGAUGAGUCAUGCCAUCUUGCAAGAGUGUGCCAAAUUGUUUUAUAGAGGAUCAGAACAUUGCUUGUACUUUUGGAUUUAUAACAAUUAUAAAAUGUGUGAACUACCUUGGAAUUCUGUAGCUUUCUGGUAUUUUUCAGCGAUUGCAGUGGAUUUCUGUUAUUAUUGGAUGCACAGAGCCAGUCAUGAAAUUCAUAUUUUUUGGGCUCAACAUCAGGUUCACCACAGUUCUGAGGAAUUUAAUGUUACUGUCGGGAUAAGACAAUCGGUAUUUCAAAGUUUAGUGGGAAUUGUGUGCUACGCUCCUUUGGCUUUAUUCGUUCCACCAGUCUUGUUGUUGGUGCAUCAACAGUUGAGUCUCUUAUACCAAAUUUGGAUCCACACCGAAACAAUAACAACUAUUGGACCUUUGGACUAUGUCUUAAACACUCCAGCAUAUCACAGAGUGCAUCACGGAAGCAAUCUAUACUGUUUAGACAAGAACUAUGGAGGCGUUUUAAUUAUAUGGGACAGGAUAUUCGGAACGUUCCAAGACUUCUAUCCGGACAAGCCCAUCACGUAUGGCUUAGUAUACCAGAAAAAUGCAUUCAAUCCCCUAUCCUUGCAAUUUUUCUACAAUUUAAAUUUAUAUUAUAAAUGGAAUAGUAUGAAGGGUUGGAAGAACAAAUUAAGAUCAGUCAUCAAGGGACCAAGCUGGAUUCCAGGUCUGUCGUGGACAGGUCACGACGGAAGGCGUGCCAGUGUCGCAGGACGCAGAAAAAAAUACGAUGUGAAGAUAUCUUACGCACUGAAGUCAUAUUUACUAGUUCAUUUCAUUGCAGUCGUUAAUGGCUACUUCACUUUAACAACAAUUCCUCGUUCUGAAAUUAAUAUUACGUGUCUGGCAAUUUCUACGUUUUAUGUUGUCUGGUCAUUGACGAGCAUAGGCUUGAUGUUCGAGAAGUCCUCGUGGUCAACAUGUUUUGAAUGCUCAAGAUGCUUAACCAUGUUCGUUCAUCUAAUAUAUUUGGAACCACAACCAUUUUUGAGUGCAUUAACUGUCGUCGUAUAUCAAUCGUUAAUGGGCACUUCGGUUGUUGUUUGGGCCGUAUCAUUUUUAAUGCGUUAA